AUGUCAACUCAACAAUCGCACGCUAUCGACCCUGUCAACCAAUCUGCUGUCCCUCAAGGUGUGCAGGAGAAAGUCCCUCAAGGCGUGGAGGAGGCUCUUCCGGACUCUAUCCACAAUACCGAUCCUACGAAGGACGAAGGGAGAACGUCUCACGCUACAGGUCCAUCUAAAGUCCCAGAGGGCAUUCAGAGGAUUGCUCCUGAAGGUCUCGAGAGAGCUCUUCCCGAGUCAAUUCAUCCUACCAAAUCAAUCGCUGCAAGCUCUCCCAAGAUUGCUAGAGAUUCAAUAAUCCAUCCUGAUCCGUAA